AUGCGCAUGGAUGACGAGCGGCUCCAGUGGCCCCCGUGCUCUGUGUUUGACAGGACUGUCUGCGAUUGCCUGCAUGAGCUGGAGAGCACAGAUGUAUACCCUUGGCAGGUUGUCUGGUAUCUCCUGCAGGUGUUCCUUCCAGACACCGCUGCACGGAUGAAGCCCUACAUGUCUUGCAGCUCCGCCAUGAUGACUAUUCUACAGCACAAAAUCGGUAGCGAACCUCUGCAAAUAAGCUUUGAAAGCCUUUCCAUUCUUCUCCAAUGCCUCUCUGGGCAGGCCUUUUUUCGUGCGCUGGAUGUACAUGCAAAGGGUUGCUCAGCAGCGUUCAGAGACCUUUUUGUAGAGGCACGGUUAGGGCUAAUCACCCUUUUGUGGGAGCAAGCUGAUGAUCAAGCCCCUUUCCUGCUCUAUGAAUUGAUGAUCCAACUGCUUAGGGCACACAGCAGCCUUUCGUUGAUUGAAACUUGCACACUGUUGUUUAUCCCUAGGGUCUCAGUAGACACAGCGCUUUUUGCACAGUUUCUUGUAGAGAUUGGCGAACUCCUUUCACCAAACCUAUCAGUAAUUGACACAAAGGAAAAACUGGUUGAGGUUGCAUUGUUACGCUCUGUGUUCUCACUUACGCUAUUGCUAUAUGCUGCAGCACCACCGACAUGUUUGAAAGCGAUCAUUUACUCUGAUCUCUUCUUGGCAACAUACCUGCCUUAUCAGUUUAUUUCACCAAUGCACUUCGCCCUGAGCCUGUGCAAUCUUUUAUUGGAGCCUACCGCUCUAUCUCUUUCCAUGCGGACAAUGAUAAGUGAGCUGAUUCUAGAAAGCCUCAAUUCUGAGCUUACCUCUACCUUGUCACUGAUGCCCCUCACCAGUGUCAUUGAGGAAGGAUCCCGCAUCUCUACCACCUGUUGUGGCGAGCUUUUAAGAAGUGCUCUAGCCUUACUUUGUUCUGAGACAUCAAGUCUUGAUGAGAGUCACGACCAAUCCACGGGCUUACUCGCUGUUUCUGCAUUUCCUUGUAUGCCAGACUACACUGCUUCCAUGACUCAUCUUUCAGCACCUUUUGUUGAGCUUUCUCUAUUGAUGAAAGACUUCAACUCUAGACCUCAUACAUCAAAUACAAAGUCUGAUGCGCUUUUUGCUGUCUCAAUACCUCCACCACUAAUGGGAGACACCACAGAGGUACUUGCCAAGCAUUUCUCAGCCUUGGCCUCCCAGAGCAUUUGGCAUCAGGCAAUCCUCUUGGCAGCAUGUUUUCAAAUAGUUGCCGGACGGCUACAUUUAGAGCCAUGCGAUGACUCAUCUAGCAUUAACCUACCUGCUCUAAAUAUUGAAGUUUUGACUACAUUUCUAGGGAGGUUAUUUGCAGCUGAAUCAGAUGCUGUUCCCUCUGCUCUCAUCAAUCUGAACUCACCUACGUUUCUUAGCAGCUUUCACAGCAUACACCACCGGCAGCUAAUCGGUGAUCUAUACUAUUUACAAAUAUCUCCACGGCUUGGCAGGAUAAAUAGUAUCAAGCUGUGGAAUCUUCUAUUAUUCAACAACGCCAAUCUGUUCUGUACUAGACCACUAGUAGUGUGUGAUAAUGAUAUUUUAAUUUCCCGAGGAAAGGCGGCCGCAGAUCUAUUAGACUUCAUGCUUUCUGGUGACAUCACCGGCAGCGAGAAAGAGAAAUCUUCACGCUGGUGCUCAAAGUGGAUGGACUAUCUCUUAGAUGUCACUAGUAUGACUGUUAGAACGAUGUCACUAAAAUCUUUGUCUUCAGAAAUACCCGUAUUCCUUAUUUUCUCAUUUACCCUGUCCUUGCAGUAUCUGUCGCACAUUUCAACAAUCUCAAAGAUGCAAUUAAAUAACCAUACGUCGGGAGCAACCAAUGAUGCUAUUACAUUUGAUACGUUUGUGAAAUAUCUUUCUAGUACAUGGACUCUAUAUGCCAAUCCGUCUAUUUCUGCAAUUCUCUUACUUGAUACAUACUCGUGUGACUUUCAUGAUGACGGACUUGUUGCUAUGAGCACCGUUUCAGUGCUGCAGACUCUUUAUCCCGUUCUACCACGAGCAGAUCUGAACUUUUAUAACAAGGUUGGAGCAUCCUUUUUAGGAACAACCAAAUCCGUUAUAGAAUUUUACAAACGCGGAGUUGCCUCGCCUCUACACGUGGUUUUUAUGCUCCUUUAUAUUAUUGUUCCAGAGGCGUUUCCACCCAUCCAUAUCCUUCUUGGUUAUCUUUUGGCAUUUUCCCUUUGUCCCACUUACCAGACUGCUCUUCCACUUAUACUUUCAACUGCACCUGGUUGUCUAGGGACGUAUCUCAUGAAUCAGGAGAGCGUACUUCUUAGCAUGCUUUAUGAGUUACAAACACGUGGCCCGUCAGGGAGCCGUUCGACUAUCUCCAGCCUCAAGCAGCGCUUAUGGCGAGCACUAGACAAGUAUGUGGCCUCCAUCCACUGCAUGACCCUCUAUGUCUCGCUCUUGAUUUACGUGUCGACAUAUGAACUAUCUCUUCUCAAAGCAGAUCAAUCAACUGGUACUAUUUCCAAUGGCGAUUCCAGUGGCGCAGAGGCACUUGAAAGGAAUCUCAAAUCUCUUCUUUUGCAACACUUAGUAGGCAUCUCCACUAUUCAGUUCACAUCAGUUAUUGCUUCACAGCGCAUCUUAUUUACCAUGAGGGCGUAUGUUAUUAGCAUGCCUGCACUGUUCCUGGAUAUCAGCGACUCUUUUCUGGAGAGAUUGCACUGCAGCUCUAUAACAAUGACCAAUUUAGUACACUGCUUUAGCACUGCUUGGGCUCACUCUCCGUUUAUAAAAGCAGUCAUAGACCCUUCGUCCUUCUUUGCCUCAUUGGUCCGUUUGGAUUUAGAACAAUAUUGUGAAACUGGGAAUAGUGCACAAACUCGCCUUUGGUUGAUUAAUUUUCCACAGACGUUUAUCUCAUCAAUAGAAGCAGUAGUAGCUUCUGGUGCACAUCUUUCUAAUGAUACUGUCUCAGACACCUUCACAGAUCUGCUUAUCAAUGUACUCUUUAUGGCCUACAACACUGAGUCCAUCUCUCGCUCACUGACUGGUGCACACACCAAUGACUUGGCAGCAAUGGAUGGUACGGCCAAUAGUUGCAUUUCAACAAGGUCGUUCUUUGCUCAUCUUUAUCAGAUACAAAUAGGGCAAUUUGUGUUGGAAUUAUUUCUCCAACUGUCCCACAUAACUGUCCUUUUACCCACCAAACUUCCCAAACAACCACAGGUUUUGGAAAACAUCAAUCUGAAGCUAGAGCCAUCCAUAAAGAAGCAAGGGUCUUCUACGCAGACAUCAAGCACGCCUUACACUGCUAACAGGUAUCUUUUGUAUCUUCAACUAGCCGAUACAGUUGCUUCACUUUGUGUUAGAGUUGCCAACUUAUACAGGUGUAAGAGCGUGUGGCCGAAGGCUAGGAUUGUGCGCCAAACUACAACAACCGUCAUUUCUGGUGUCUCCCAGGUGCUGGCUUCGGUUGACAAAGUAGUUAUAGAUACAUAUCUAUGCUAUGAACAACAUGGUCUUCAUCCGCAGCUGCAGGAAUUGUUAUGCUGCAGUCCAUCUUCCCUUUGUGAGUCAGAGAAUGCUGUUGCGCGAAUGAGGUUGUUUUGCAGUACGGAGGUUAGUGAAUCUCUGCUUGCACUAGGUGCGAUUGAAGGAGGGGCUAUCAGCUAUAUGAAAGUGUAUUGUGAUGCUUGGCGGUUGCUUAUAUGCGCUGCAUGGAUUGCAUCGUCGGUUGCUAAAGGAGCAGAUUAUAACCAUAUUCCUGCGUCGAUAGUCUUGUACCACGGUGGGCUAACUGUAUGCACAUACUGCCUUCUUCGUGGGCUCUUUCUAGCAAAAGCAAGGAAGAAUAAGUUCACAUUGCAGACAGCACUGCGUUCAUAUUCGCAAAGGUGCACCAGCGCCAAGCAUCGUCUCUCGUUAUCUCCAUUCUACAUUCCCGGCUGGCAGCCAGCCGCUACCGACGCACUGCCUCUCUUUCUGACUGCAUCUUCACCUAUGCUCCACUCAAGCCUUGCAACUCUGAGAUCAGCAGAUAUACCAUUUGCACUUGUGCACUUUUCUGGAGCAGUACAGCAUCCUGGCUCUGACAUCAUCGGGGCGCUUACUACUACGCUUUUGGCAGAAGAAGACUCUGCUGGGGAGCUCACUGUGCACAAGGUCACAGAGCCAGCGUGUAAUUGA